AUGUCCAGCGCCUCUUCUACCACGACGAAUGAAAAUGCAGAAAUAUCCGACUAUCGCAUUCUAACUAAGCCCAACCACAUACUGUCCAUAUUUGGGAACCAGCAACAGUGGAACUUCUUCUCCACAUUCGUCUUUACUAGCCAACAAACUGGAACUGUUCCCAUCAAUACGUUGGCAGCUCUCACCCCACAGAUUGCCCAUGGUGACACUGUCAUACGUGAGAUUUGCGUCGCAAUCGGGGCCGCCGCGGGCGCAUUCACGGACCCGAACUCUGAUGCCUCGGCUGAUGAAAAACUGUCAAGAACCUCGCUCGUGCAUUAUAACCGCGCAGUCAGCACCAUCACUGAAGCCAAAACUACGAGCGACACUCUUCUCACGGUGGCUGUGGCGUCCAUACUCUUUGUUACGUACGACAUGUUGCGCGGUAACACAUCGAGUGCGUUUGUUCAUUUUAAUCACGGCCGGAGAGUGGCCGACAGCUACUUUGACAGACGAUGCAAAGAGCGAGGCGUCACACUAGACUCCUUGCCGAUGUCUACACUUGAGGCAGCCCUCUAUGAGAUGGUGCAGCGACUUACCACCUACCCUUGGGCUCUCGAAUUGGGCUUCACCAGUUCUAGGACGGAUCACAAAGCUCACAUGUAUUGUGAGAGAAGCGACCACAGAUAUCGCCUGGAGGACUUACCGGCCUGGUUUCGUGAUCUACCACAUGCAUUGACGUGGUGGGAUGUGGUCCAGCAUUACCUGUAUCAACACGACUUUGCCAAGCACCAAGGACAUCAGACUCCUGAUAAGAGGACGCCAUGGGAGCAAUCUUUCGACAUUCUUCAGCAAUGGCACAACGGCUUUUUACCACUUCUUCAAUACGCCCGACAAAACAAAACCCAGGACCUUUACACUUAUAUGAGUACUUGCAUUCUGGAAGCGCUAUAUCUUGAAGCCCUGACAAAUCUGCAUCUAAAAUUCCGCCCCGACUCGAAUGUUUUCCCCGACAACCGAUCAGUUUAUCUCGAAAUCGUCCGAGCGGCACGGGAGAUGCAGCAAAACUGGAACCAGGCACGAGGCAUCGCGGUCUUGGACAACGCGGUCGCUCGGCCACUCAUCUUUGUCAUGUUUAAAUGCCGCGAUGCCUCUAUACGGCAAGAGAUCCAAGAGAUGUUGUUGAAGUUUGAUCCGAGUUCUCAGCUUGCGUUGCCGCUGUUGGGCACUGGGUUGGCAUCUCACGUCGUGUGGUUGCAACUCGGGGGCUUCUUCUCCCUAGCCCUCAGACUCAGAGGUCGUCGCGUCAAGGUCCAGCCCACUGUGUUAGCAUUAUGA